GAUGCAGUUUUUGGAGUGAAAGAGGAGGAGGGGGAGAUCACUGUCACAUUGAAAGAGGAGGAAGAAGAGGAGGUUGGAGAUCUGUUUAACACCAGAGAGAGACGUGACUAUCGUGGAUCCUCUGGGGAGCCUCAACAACCUCAUGAUGCUGAAGAGGCAGAGAAGAGUCUCUCCAGAUCAGAACACCUCAAUAAACACCUGCAGAGAUCCACAGGGAAGAGAACUCACUGCUGCUCUGACUGUGGGAAGAGAUUCACCUCAUCAGGCAUUAAAAUUCAUCAGAGAACACACACAGGAGAGAAACCUUAUAGCUGUGGUCAAUGUGGGAAGAGAUUUGGUCAAUCUGGAGAUCUGACAGUGCACCAGAGAACACACACAGGAGAGAAACCUUAUAGCUGUGAUCAAUGUGGGAAGAGUUUUGGUCAAUCUGGAGAUCUGACAGUGCACCAGAGAACACACACAGGGGAGAAACCUUUUAGAUGUGGUCAAUGUGGGAAAAGUUUUGCUGCAUCUAGAACUCUGACUCAACACCAGAGAACACACACAGGAGAGAAACCUUAUAGCUGUGAUCAAUGUGGGAAGAGUUUUGGUCAAUCUGGCCAUCUGAUAUCACACCAGAGAACACACACAGGAGAGAAACCUUACAGCUGUGAUCAAUGUGGGAAAAGUUUUGGUCGAUCUGGCUCUCUGACUCUACACAAGAGAACACACACAGGAGAGAAACCUUAUAGCUGUGAUCAGUGUGCCAAGAGAUACUUUGAUAAAAGAUCUCUGAUCAAACAUCAGAAAAUACAUGAAGGAGUUAUUUCGUGAUAUCAAUGAAAAAAUGUCACAAUGUAGAAUGUUUAACAUUGUAGUAGGAGUAUUUUAAGGAAUUUCACAAUCCAGGCUCUGAKUUGAAAGAGUACUAUUUAUGUGAUUUAACAAAAAGUGACUAACACAAAACGAGCUGUGUUCCACUUACCACGUUGGUGACCCAUUUGAAUCAAAAUGCAGCACUUCAAAAUGUAGCUAGCUGUUUUCUACAAAUUGUCCUCUAACCAGUGAUGUACACAUUAUUCCCAGAUUCCGUGU